UGAUUUACAUAUUUGAGGGGGAGUAUCUGACUGGGCGCCGUGGCCUCGUGCUUUCAUUGUGAGUCUGACAUCACAUGAGAAUGAGUCGCGCAGGAGCUCCGCGUGCAGAACUCUGAGCAGCGCGAGCAGCACUGCACGAUAAUACAUGACACACCACCGGGGUUAAACUGCAGCGGGACCCGUGUUCCUCAUCCCGGGGAUGGACCGGCGGCGGAGAGCCUCGCUCGCGCUCACCUUGAACUUCCUCGCGCUGAUCCUCGCCAUCUCCGCGCUGACCACCAGCUACUGGUGCGAGGGGAACCGGAAAGUUGUCAAGCCCUUCUGUACCGGACCGGUGACCGUCAAACAGACGCACUGCAUUAGAUACAACAGCUCGAACAUCACCGACAGCCGGCUGGUUCAGUAUAUCUGGGAGACCGGCGAGGAUAAGUUUGUUCUGAGGAAGUUCCACACCGGCAUCUGGUUCUCCUGCGAGCAGAACGUCGACCUUGUCGGUGAGAAAUGCAGAAGCUUCAUAAAUGUGGCUCCUCCUCAUGAGAGAGGUGUUUUGUGGCUCUGCAUCGUAGCCGAAUGUCUCUACAUCUUACUGCUGGCCACCGGAGGAAUACUCAUGUCCAUCGAGGUCUGCCAUUUUGGAAACCUCAUCGAUGGACUGAAACUGAAUGCCUUUGCUGCCAUAUUCACAGUCCUGUCAGGUCUUCUGGGUAUGGUGGCACACAUGAUGUUCACUACAGCGUUCCAGCUGACCGUCAGUCUGGGCCCGGAGGACUGGAAGCCCCAGAACUGGGACUACAGCUGGUCUUACAUCUUGGCUUGGAGCUCGUUCACCGCCUGCAUGGCCUCCUCCGUCACCACCAUCAACAGAUACACUAAGACUAUCCUGGAGUUCAAACACAAGCGAAAGAACAUUGAGAAGAACCUGAAGAUCAAGCAGAAGCUGCUGGACCUGGACUCUCCAGACCAGGUGUGGGACAUGUACAUCAGCUCCGUCCCCAGCACGGCCGAGGAGUUUCUGGACUUGUCCAGUUCUGGACGCAAGCUCUCCGCCAAUUCAGUCUUCCUGGACCUCAACGACCUGCCGUCUCCUCAAGGAGAGGAGUACUGCUGAAGCCAGUCCCUCUCGUCUACGUCCCGCUCGUCUAGAGUCAUCAGCAGCAGUGGAAGCUUCGACUGAAGGUGAUGCGUUGAGAUUAUAUACAGUAACUGUUGCGUAAUGUUUGGUUUGAUGUUGUGCUGUGGUCUGAAGGUGGUGCUGUGAGUUCAGUUUGUUAUUAAUGUGCUGCUGACAUUGUAUGCGUAAAAUACAGACCUGCGAUGAAUGAACCACUUUCCCCAAUCCUAGAGAAUAAAAUGUGACAAAGCAUUUUUUUUUUUUUUAUCUAACCAUUGAAAUUGCAUUAUUAAUAUUCCCAUUUUCUGAGCGCCACCACAUUCAUUCAGUAGAAAGCGUCUUUUUGUGCAGGCUUUAGAUUUUCCCUCUCUGCUGUAUUAUGAAGUCAUUUCCAAAUCGAUUCUGAGGGUCUGUUUUUCUUUAGAUGAGAUCUGAUGAGACACAUGUUGCAUUGCUGAGUGCCUUUGUUUCUGCUGUUGAUCUUGGUUCUUUAACCGUAGCAUGCAAAAGUCCUGGAACCGUUUAUUUUAUAGCCUAUUUGAUCAUCCAUAAUAAUCUCAACAACACGUAUCAAAUUAUGGAAGGAUUGCGGUUUCAUUAACUCAUCAGAUCUAAAAUAUAAGUGAAAAAUCAAGAGAAUUAUUUAGUUUUUUUAUUGUUAAUCAAAUGCAAAGAUCUGUAUGUGUCUGUGAAAAGAACAAGAAUUGAAUUCUUGAUCAGCUAAGUGCAUGCAAAAUGUUUGGGAUAAAAGAAGUGAUUUUUCUGUGGGACGCUGUGUUGUUCUGAUCAGGACGGAAGAACAUGAUCCAUGAGGUCAAGUUACUUAAAUUCCUUAUCAUCUCUUUCAAUUCUGUAUAUCUGAUCUCAUUCAAUUAAAUCACUUAUCAAUUUAUCCAUUCAUUUAUGAACCGUCUAAAGAGUCUUUGUACUGCCAGAACGAACUGUUUACAUUUUAUGUGCAAUAAUGAAUGAAACAUAUAGAUUAUAUGAAUGAUACUUUUUUACAGUAAUGUACACUGACCAACUCCUUCUAGACUAAAGGUGUAAAAUGCAUGUCAGACUGGUCAUGUUUAAUUUCUCAUAAGUGAGCUGAUUGCUGUGAUUAUAUGUUUGGUUUGAUAGGUUGUUUUUAUUUAUUGGUUUCUUUGACUUUAUGUUGAUGAAAUGUAAGCAGCAAGAC